AUGACCUCCAAGUCACGACUUUGCCCCGCCGUCACAAGCUCCAAUCCAGAGCGUCCGGGCCAGCGUACCCGCAAGCGAACGCGCGAGGUCAGCAUGAGCGCAGACGGUUAUGCUGAGUGUGCUGCAACAAGUGUCGAUCCGCCCGUCCUUGCGCUCGAAGGCGAUAUCACGGCAAGUCACCAGUACCUAGUGCAAAUAACAAGGUGACUCAAGGCAUGAGCUCAGGUUCGAGCGCUGACCUGUGCAUCCGUGAUGUCAUCGACCGCCCAUGACAUGGCUCGACAUGGCUUUUAUCAGAGUCCGUCCCCGUCUUCGUCGCCGUCCCAGUUGUCGUCAUGUUGGCCAUCGUCAUCAUCUCUAUCGGGCUCGAACUCAAGCCCUCCCACGAUCUGCGACCUGGACCCAGUAGUCACAGCUCUCCAGGACGGAACCGGCCACAUUAAGGAUUACGCUCUGCUCAAAGGCGUCAUCGUACCCCGCCUUUCGGUGCGCUCGGCGCCGGACUUGGUUGAGCAGGUAUUUGGAAUCGAUCAUCCGGCGUUCGAAGAGAUCUCACAACGUGCUCGCCAGUUAGGCAAACAGGUUCAGUCCGGCCAGGAUCAAGAUACCCAGGCCGAGCUCCGCAAACGCUUCCUGGAAGCCCACGACAGCAGUCGGGACCCGCGGCUUGAACCCUCGACCAGCCAGUUGGCCUGGAUGCAGGGGGUAGCACGACUUGUAAGUCAGGACGACGGAGACGCAGAUCGCCAUCGCUCCGUGAGCACGGGUGCUUGGAGGGCUAAGCCAACACCAGUCCCAUUUAUCUGACCGAGCUGGUAUUCAUCUGCGGUAGGCUCAGACCGAUUCCAAGCACGGGAAACAAUUCAAAGUCGCCGUUGCAACUGCCGAGCGACCGGCUCGGCUUUAUCUCAACGACAUUAUGGAGCGGCCAUUCGACUCUACGCAAGAGUCGGACAAGGAAGCGAAAGAGUGGACGCCUUUCUUGACAUGCUGCAAAGUCGAUUCGAGCUCAAAACGACUUUUGUGGAACCGCGUCCUGGUGCCGUGCGCGUUCGAUGCUUCCCCUCAGCGCUCUCAGUUACCUGGCGGUCCGGGGCCAUUUGCGCCCGAACUGGUCAAGGUAGUACUUGAUCUCACUCAGCAUGUGCUCUCGCAUCCGACCCGACUGUUCGCCCCUGGUCUGGCCGUCAACGAGAGGCAGGCAUACUUGGUCGUAUCGGAUCUAGAGACGUGCCGAGUCGCGACUAUUAUGGACUGCUGGGGUCAAGGCUUUGGCGAGCUAGCGGCGGUGCUCUCGAUUCUGCUUGACCUGGAUGUCUACUCGGCCGGGGUUUGUCCCUUUUUCGACUACACACACCACCCCACGAGCGAUAUCGCACCCGCGUCGUUACUCACGUCGGUCUUUGAGUCGUCCGUCGGUCGCACAGUCAAGUUUGAGGACAAGGAGCCGAUCGAGCUCUUGUCCUGCGCGAAGGGGGACGGCGGGCACCAUCUGUCCGGACGUUGCACGACGGUUUUUCAACUGACCCGCCCGAGCCUGUGCGCGCCCGCGACCGCUCCGGAGGCCUCGACUUUGUCGCCCUCGUUCGUCCUGAAAAUGCAGCUCGUCGGUCCGAGCUUUGUACGCGUCGAGUCAAACGUGCUUUGCAAGAUCAACGCCGCGCGCGACAAGGGUACUCUACUGCCGGCCGUGUUUGACCACCUGGCUGCGCUUGAAACUUCGGCGUCCGUCGCCCUUGACUCGGGCUUGCCAGUUGACGAUGGGGACCAGUCGUCAGCAGCAUCAAUGCCCGCAGCGAACAAGAGGAGCCGUGACGAAACCUGGCGCACCCCGCAUGCCCCAACACGACGUACACUCGAGCUCCUCGUCCUGCGCAACCCGUCGCCACUGCCACAGCCGCUCGUCCGGCGUCAUCGUGGCCAGCAAGAACUACCUCUUGCUCAAGUCUUCCAAGUCUUUGAUCAACUCCUGACGGUGCUGACCACGCUUCACAAGCUCGGCUUCCACCACCGCGAUCUUUCGCUCGGCAACAUUCUUCACUUUGAAGGCCACCUUGUACUCAUCGAUUGGGAUGGCGGUGUGGCGGCCGAUCCCGGAGCCUGGUUUGGCAUCGCAGCCCGAGAGGAAGGCCGCCUCCGGGUGACGGUGAAAAGCGCUCCUCGACAAGCGCUUCAGUGUAACUCGAUUGGGCUGGAUUACGUGCCUGAUUACAGGCUAGCACACGCGUUCGAAUCGGCUGUGUAUUGCCUGUUCCAAGUCCUGGCCUACCGCAUCAGGCCAGAGGACCCUGCCUGGGACUACUUCAACUUCCGAUAUCACUCCGCCCGCUCUGGUGCGCGUCCUGAUCAUCCUGAAGAACGGGAGGCGCAACUGGUGGACCGUCGGGCGAGUCUUUGGGGCGAGGGCGCGGGCAACGACGUGGAUCCGCAGCACAGGGAGCGUUUGAUCAACAUGAUCCGCCGUGAAGAUCCCGAGCUGGGCGAGUCGUUGGACUCGGUGACGCGGCUCUACCCAGUGAAGAUGACCUCGUUGAGGAAGCUGCCCCGAAGAAGGCUUUGCUGA